CCAAGUGUUAAACACAUAACAAGAAACCCAAAGUUAGCUAAACAGAGAAAAUGGCAAAGGCAACAAAAUCUGUUUCCAUCUUUGUUGUCUUUUUCAUCUUCUUCUUGGUUAUCUCUGACAUGCCGGAGAUAGAAGCUCAAGGUAGCGAAUGCUUGGAAGAAUAUGGCGGUGAUGUUGGUUUCGGCUUUUGUGCCCCUCGGAUAUUUCCGACGAUUUGUUAUACAAGAUGCCGUGAAAUCAAAGGAGCUAAAGGUGGAAGGUGUCGUUGGGGAGAGGGCAGUAACGUUAAAUGCUUAUGUGACUCCUGUGAUGAUACUCCUCAAUAAAAUCUAAAGUAAUCGCGACGCUAAUAAAUACACUAUGGCUGCAGACGCAGACGCAGCCUCUGUAUGUUUGAAUCUUUUGUUAUGUACUUAUGUUCAUUUUUAGUUAUGGUCUGUGUAAUAAGUGGAUAUGAAUACUUCUAGCGAUAUUACAAUAAUCUAUAUAUAAUAGCAAUCUAAUAAAUACCAUUUGCACA